AUGACCCAGCUGAACCAAGAGCAUGCAGAGAUCCGUCUCUCUGCCUUCCAAAUGGUCAAUGAGAUUUUCAGCCGGUCGCAUCAUUUCAGAGGUCUUCUCAUCACAAACUUUCAGGAGUUCCUGGAACUUACAGUAGAAACAGACACUGAGCAACCGUUGCCUCCACCCAAAGAGGUGGUGAGAAAACUAAGGACACUUGCCAUUCAGGCUGUGCAGUCAUGGCACGCCACGUAUGGAGAGGCGUACAAGAAACUGUCUCUGGGAUAUCACUUUCUUAAGCAGAUUAAAAAGGUAUUUAUCUGGAUGCGCCUGUUCUGUGAUUAUAAAAUUACAACUGAGAUUGAGGAAACCUUGACUGAGAUGAACAACUGCAUAAAACUGCUUGCAACCGAUGACUUAAACCUGUUUAAUGAGGAAGCAGCAGUUGCAAAAACCUCCGCGGGAGCUGAGAACAUAUCUGACCAACCCUGCUGCAGUAAAUACCUGAGCAAUGAGCAGAACGGAAAGAUGACCGAGAAGACAAAUGAUGAAGGGCAACCAGACAAGUGUAGUGACGAGAGUGACACAGAGGAAGUUCCUGAUGAGGACGCGUUUCUCCGCAGCACUGGUUUAAUGUCUUAUAGAUAUCAGUUGGAGCUCAAUGUGUCCACAGAUUUAAAAUUGAGGGGGACGGAGGAGAAUGAAGCAGUAGUAAACACUGUGAGGAAUCUUCAUAGACUCAUCACAACCAGACACCUGCCUCUGGUGCAGUCCUGGAUCCAGGUCUUUACAAAGGUGGGUGUUGAGGAAGAACUGAUGAGGAGAGCCACUGAGUUAAAGAAAUCACUGGAGUACGCCUUGAGAAAACACGAGUGUCUUCAUAUAGAUUACAAAAACAGAGAAAGAAGAGUGACAGCUAGCCCGCUAGUCCGUACACCUGAGUUAUUGGUUUGCCGUAAUAAUUUGCAAGACCUUCCCCGACUUGAUGAAACUCCCUCAACGUCAACCUCUGGGGCCAUAGCCAAGCCAUCAAAACCUGUGGUCAAACAUCCUGUUCCUCUUGUGUCCUCCAGUCUGUCUCGACUCAAGAGGAAGAUGUAUGAUGAAGAGCAGGACCCCACCCGUGCUGCUGCAACGCUGCGUGUGCUCAAACACAGGAUUCAUUCUACUCCUUCAACAAGUAUGUCUGGGGGCUCUACUGAGGUCGCAGUGUGCAGCAGUGACCAGGGGGACAUAAACAAAGACAAAGCCUCUGUUAAGACCCUUGUCGUUCGGUUUGGUGUGGAUCUUUACAGCUGGGGAGAGGAGCAGCCCACUGCUGGCAAAAUCAUCAAGAAGGCAUCACAGCACCAGUUCUGGGUGCCUCAUGAGGUGGAGGAGGAAGUAGAAAACGAGGAACUGUCUGAGAUGAAGUCUAGAUAUAUCACCUUUGCUGGGAAAUUUAAACCUGUGGAGCACAAGUGCAAAGCACCAAUGCCAAAUGAAUCUUUGUGUGAACGCCAAGACAGAGUAAAGUGCCCGUUCCAUGGACGCAUUAUCCCUCGGGAUGAGCUGGGCAGGCAUGUUAGCCCAGAAGAUGCACUGCGAUUGGAGAAGGAAAAGAGGAAGGGCGAGGAGGAGCAGCCAGAUUGGCGAGACCCAGAGCUCAUGAGGGAGAUCGAAGCUGCAACUGGAGAAGAUCUGGGCUCCUCAAAGACGUAUGGGAAGGGAAAGAAUGGCAACAAAGGAAAGUCAAAGAAAAAGUACCCAAACCUUACAGAUUUAAAGCAAAAUGCCAGUACAUCUCGUUCAAGACUAGAGAAGAAAGUCUUUAACAAGAGAUCCAUGAGACGAGUUACGGAGGUCAUGAACAAGAUGGACAAGAGGAAACAUGAGAAAUUUUCAAAUCAAUUUAACUAUGCACUGAAUUAAAGGAUACAGCCGUACUGCCACACACCAGUUUGGAUUUUUAUGCAGAACAAAAGCACAUUGUUAAUACUGUGCC